UUUCCGGCGGCGCCUUGAAGUGGUAUUGGCAGGUGCUCGAGGACCAUGCUGAUAGUCCCGACUUUGGCUAUUUCCAGCUGAAGGCGGAACUGCUAAACCACUUCAAGACUGCUGAGUCCGACUAUGAAAUCAUCCGUGAAAUCAUGGAACGAAAGCAGAUGCCAAAUGAGAGUUUCGACGAAUUUUAUAGCGAAAUACACAACAUGACUUUCAGACUCCGCAAAAAGAUUCCUGAGAAAGAGAUGGUGGGCAUAAUUAGAGGUAACAUCAAAUCCUACAUAGCAAACUUGACGUUCGCGUCCAAAAUGGAAACGCUGGCAGAGCUGAAAGCGGAGUGCAAAAGGGCAGAGAAAGUGAUAAAAGAAAAUAGGAGUAGAGCUAGAGCCAUAAAUGAGUUAGAAGUAGAGCCAGUAGAGCAGAUAGGAGAGAAUAGAGUAGAAGCCUUUGAUAGGAACCAGACUAGUAGGAAACCACAACACGUCGUCCCUGUGAAAGUUUGUGAUGGUACGUCGGCAUCCACGUCUAUUUGUCCUAAUACGUCCAAGUCUACCGUGAAAUCCUUUUGUCCUUCACCCUUCCAUUUGAUGUUGUGUUUCGCGUGUGGCAUGCCGGUGGAUCACUUUGCUAAAAACCCGGCCGAAGCCCAAAAGGAAACUAAAUGUAAGUCCUCGUUCCACAAUAUGGUGUGUUUUGCUUGUGGUAGUGACUCGUCCUUUUGUGUCUUCAAAAAUAAUAAGGGAAACUCCAAACUGGCGGAGAUAACCGGGGUUUUCAGCCAGGAGAUGGGCAACCCGGAAGUGAAGAAGUAAAGAUAUUGAGGAGAGAAAAGGAAAAUGAAACUAAAGUAAAUAAGGGAAUAGUAGGGAAACCGGAAGUAAAAAGUUUACAUCAGCGUAAACUAGAAUACGAAGAGGCGCGUAGAAGAAUAUUUUGCGAAGAGAUAGUCAGUAAGAAGAAAAGCAGGAAUUUUAAGAAAAUAGCCAAGAUGAGGGAAAAGAAAAGAAACUUUAAGAGAAUCUAUAAUAAAAUAAUUUCAACAAUAGUCACUGUUAAGGGAGAUAACCGAUUCUUUGCCAAGACUAAAAUUGGGGGCCACGAGGUGCUAGCGCUUUUGGACUCGGGGGCAGGAGCUAGCUGCCUGGGCAAGGACGCGAAUACGCUACUGCGGGGUAAU